UUACAUACAAGGAAAGAUACAGAUGCAUCGUAUGCACGAAUGCAACAGGACAACGGAUGGGGAAGUCUCGAAGAGAACAUGUAGGUAUAUAAAGCCUGAGAAAACCGAACUGGAUAUCAGUCUUCAACAUGUUGCGUCCACUGCAUUUCGUGUUGCUUUUGUUGGUGAUAACCUUUGUGGUAUCCGUGCCGAUGCCAGAACAAGUAGAUGAGAACAGACCGAGUAACUUAGCUGAAGAAAAUGAUUUAGAAGCCGACGCUAGCUUUUGGGGAUAUUCAAGACCAUGGAGAUACGGCUGGGGUGGCGGUUUAUACGGCAGAGGAUGGGGUUGGGGUGGCAGAGGCUGGGGUGGCGGAUGGUACGGAAGAGGAUGGGGUGGCAGAGGCUGGGGAUGGUGGUAAAAUCAGAUGUUUAACGAACAAUCUGGAUUCGAUCACAUCAUUUUCAAUAUUAUAUGUAUAUCUUUGAAAUGUAGCAAAGCGAAUAAUGCAUAUUAUUAAGAAGCGUUCACGUUGCUUUUAAUUGAAAAAUGUAAAAGAAACAAAAACAAAAAUAGCAUAUAAAAGAGAAUAAACUUUUUGCGAUUGAAA